GCCGCCCGGGAGAAGCUCGUCGCGCUCGUUCGCCGCCUGGGCCCCCAGCGGCGGCGGGAGGCGCGUCUUCCCGGCCCAGUCUGCACCCGGCCCGGUCGGGCCGCCCCGGCCCGCUCCGAGGAAAAACUGCAUAGAAAAUCUAAUGGAUGAAGAUGAGAAGGACAGAGCAAAGAGAGCUUCUCGAAACAAGUCUGAGAAGAAGCGUCGAGACCAGUUCAAUGUUCUUAUCAAAGAGCUCAGCUCCAUGCUCCCUGGCAAUACACGGAAAAUGGACAAAACUACUGUGCUGGAGAAGGUCAUUGGGUUUUUGCAGAAACACAAUGAAGUCUCAGCACAAACGGAAAUCUGCGACAUUCAGCAAGAUUGGAAGCCUUCAUUCCUCAGUAAUGAAGAAUUCACCCAGCUGAUGUUGGAGGCAUUAGACGGCUUCAUUAUCGCAGUGACCACGGACGGCAGCAUCAUCUAUGUUUCUGAUAGUAUCACACCUCUCCUCGGCCACUUACCGUCGGAUGUCAUGGAUCAGAAUUUAUUAAAUUUCCUUCCAGAACAAGAACAUUCUGAAGUUUAUAAAAUGCUUUCUUCCCCUAUGCUCAUGACGGAUUCUCCCUCACCAGAACUCCUCAAAUCUGACAACGAUUUGGAGUUUUAUUGCCAUCUUCUCAGAGGCAGCUUGAACCCAAAGGAAUUUCCGACUUAUGAAUACAUAAAAUUUGUAGGAAAUUUUCGCUCUUACAACAAUGUGCCUAGCCCCUCUUGUAAUGGCUUUGACAAUACCCUCUCAAGACCCUGCCGCGUGCCCCUCGGGAAGGAGAUCUGCUUCAUUGCUACCGUGCGUCUGGCUACACCACAGUUCUUAAAGGAAAUGUGUAUAGUUGAUGAACCUUUAGAAGAAUUCACUUCAAGGCAUAGCUUGGAAUGGAAAUUUUUAUUUCUGGAUCACAGAGCCCCGCCCAUCAUAGGAUACCUGCCCUUUGAAGUGCUGGGAACCUCUGGCUAUGACUACUACCACAUUGAUGACCUGGAACUCCUGGCCAGAUGCCACCAGCAUUUGAUGCAGUUUGGCAAAGGGAAAUCGUGUUGCUAUCGGUUCCUGACAAAAGGCCAGCAGUGGAUUUGGCUACAGACCCACUACUACAUCACCUACCACCAGUGGAACUCCAAGCCCGAGUUCAUCGUGUGCACACACUCGGUGGUCAGUUACGCAGAUGUCCGGGUGGAAAGGAGGCAGGAGCUGGCUUUAGAAGACCCGCCAUCUGAGACCAUGCACCCCUCGACACUGAAGGACAAGGGCUCGAGCCUGGAACCUCCCCCACACUUCAGUGCACUGGACGUGGGCACCCCGGGCCUCAACGCCAGUCCUUCUCCGUCAGCGUCCUCCAGGAGCUCCCACAAGUCCUCGCACACAGCCAUAUCAGAGCCCACCUCCACACCCACCAAGCUGAUGGCAGAGACCAGCACCACGGCUUUGCCAAGAUCAGCCACUCUGCCUCAAGAAUUGCCAGUGGCUGGGCUCAGCCAGGGAGCCACCAUACCGACCCCUCUGCCCUCCCCAUCCACCUGCGACCUCGCGCAGCAGCUCCUGCCACAGACCAUUUUGCAGACUCCACCGGCUCCCAUGGCGCAGUUCUCAGCACAGUUCAGCAUGUUCCAGACCAUUAAAGACCAGCUGGAACAACGGACGCGGAUCCUACAGGCCAACAUCCGGUGGCAGCAGGAAGAACUCCAUAAGAUCCAGGAGCAGCUCUGCCUGGUCCAGGACUCCAAUGUCCAGAUGUUUCUGCAGCAGCCAGCAGUGUCCCUGAGCUUCAGCAGCACCCAGCGGCCCGAGGCUCCACAGCAGCUCCAGCAAAGGCCGGGUGCAGCGGCUCAGCCCCAGCUGGUGGCCAGCUCUCAGCUCGCUGGGCCCAUGACCUCGGCCCAAGUCACCAACCAGCACCUGCUCAGAGAACCAAGUGUGCUCUCCACCCAGGGUCCGAAGCCAAUCCGAAGCUCCCAGCUGAUACACGGUAGCACCCGCUCUGUGAACAGCCUGACAUCCCAGUUCAGCAGCACCUCGGCUGUGCUCCCACCAGGCCUGAGUCUUACCACGCCUGCCUCCGCCUCCCAGGAUGCCAGCCAGUGCCAGCCCAGCCCCGACUUCAGCCACGAUCGGCAGCUCAGGCUGCUACUGAGCCAGCCCAUCCAGCCCAUGAUGCCUGGAUCCUGUGAUGUAAGACAGCCAUUAGAGGUCAGCAGGACUGGGCGGCAAGUCAAGUAUUCGCAGAGCCAGGCCGUGUUUCCUAGCCCAGACUCGCACGCCACCAGCAGCAGCGCCGCGACCCCCGUUCUGCUGAUGGGGCAAGCCGUGCUUCACCCCAGCUUCCCUGCCUCCCAGCCGUCACCCCUGCAGGCACAGGCUCAGCAGCAGACGCCACACUACCUACAGGCAUCGGCUUCUCUGCACAGUGAGCCCCCAGACUCUCUUCUUCUUUCCACUUACUCCCAGCAACCAGGGACCCUGGGCUAUGCCUCACCACCUGCACAGCCACAACAGCAGCCCCCUCGUCCACCCCGCAGGGUCAACCGGCUCUCUGAGUCCUCAGGCUUGCAGCCACCACCCCGGUAGUGGCCUGGUACUGGAGUGGAAACACAAUCAGCUUUAACCAAGGGACCAGAAAGUGGCUGGCCAUGAGGAGAGGGACAGAAGCCACUUGCUUCUGUGUACUCUAAAUUUCAGAACACCUGGAUGGUGGUCACUUCUGGAGGGUGAAGAAAGAACAAGAAGACUGGCUAUGAUUCCUGGACAUCAGGGUUCUCUGCCACCCUUUACAGCCAUGCUGGACAGGAAGCGUGAAGUCACUGUUCCUCAGUUUACCUGUGGUGAUAGUGCUUUUCAAGGCACCCCCAGAGAGCCCACAGGUUAUUCUACCCAGGCCUUCAGUCUCUUGGUCAUCUUUCCUUUGCAUUCAAGGACUGAGUCAGAGAUUAUUGGAAAGAGAGAGAAUAAAGAGAUUAUUUUUCAUUAUUUUUAAAUGAUUGGUUUUGUUUUAAUUUGCACAGAUGCAGAGCAAAUAACUAUAGGUACUUUCUGUUUUUUAAAAUAAUAAUAAUAAUGUCUCCCGCUUCACUUGGAGACCACAGUAACAAACAAUAGCCCACGAACCAGCCCACGAAGCUGGUCUUUAAAAAAGCUGCAGACCUGCAUCCUUGGCCUAAACCUUAGUGGAUUUACGCUCUUCAGCCCAUUUCCCACUAGUGGUGAUCGUCCCCUCCAGCAUAUAACACUGGACUAUUUCCUCUUCACUUUAUCAAUUGCAACUACCAAGGGGGCUCCAAAGCUAAGCACAAAUAUGUACCUAAUGUUCCAGAAUUCCACAAAGAAGUCUAAUCCUAUGAGGGCAGAGUUUCACAAGCCAAGCAGCCUAGAAAGGGGCCAUCUCUAAGGAUGCUGUACCACGUGCUGGCCUGCGUGUUUAGAGGCUGCAUCCUUUGACAGAUCUUUCACAAUCAUUCCCAAGGAUUGGAUUUUGUUUCAAAAUGCACUUUGACUUUUUUUGUAUGUUUUGUUAUGUUGAGAUGUUUCUAAAGAAAAGAUUUUAUGUAAUUAUAAGACAGAGUGUAGUGAAUUGUACAGCUGUUGUAAAAAUGACCUAUUUCUAUAUAUAAAAACUGUAUGGAUUAUGUGUAAAUUAUUUUGUAAUGGAGAAGCCAGUUCCUUUCCCAAAUACAUACAAAAGUAUAAAAGUUUCCUUGUGUUUUUCUGUGAGUGGACCUUUUGUAAUAAAUUAACAGAUUUGUACAA